GACUCCAUUACCAUUUCGCGACGGACUCCGCCGAUCAGCUCGCCGAAGCGAAAGCGAGAGCGCGGAGAUGUCGGCGGCGAGCACCGCCGCGCUCCGGCGAGACGAGGAGCUGAAGCUCUUCGACGACGCGAGCCUCGGCGUCAAGGGCCUCGCCGACUCCGGCGUCUCCCGGAUCCCGUCCUUCUUCGUCCACGCCCCCCGGGAGGCCACGGCCGACACCGCCGACGUCGCGAUCCCGACCGUCGACCUCGGGGGCGUCGUCGGCGGCGGCGGCGGCGGCGGCGGGGGGGAUCGCCGGUGGAGGGCCGUGGAGGAAGUCCGGAGCGCGUGCGAGGGCUGGGGGUUGUUCCAGGCGGUGAACCACGGGAUUCCGGAGGGCGCGCUGGAGGAGAUGAUCGGAGGGGUGCGGAGGUUCCACGAGAGCGAGGGAAGGAGGGAGUGGUACUCGCGGGAGAAGGGGAGGAAGGUGCUCUACUUCUCCAACUUCAAUCUGUUGAAGGUGGCGGCGGCGGAUUGGAGGGACACGCUAGUCUGCGAGAUGGCCCCGAGCCCGCCGGAGCCGCAUGAAUUGCCGGAAUCGUGCAGGGACAUUGUGAUCGAAUUCUCGGAACGAGUGCACAGCUUGGGGAUGACAUUGUUGGAGCUGCUGUCCGAGGCGCUCGGCCUUGAGCCGAGCCACCUGAAGGACAUGCACUGCGGCGAGGGACUAGUCCUCCUGUGCCAUUACUACCCGCCAUGUCCCGAGCCGGAGCGAGCCAUGGGAUGCAGCACUCACAACGACGGCAACUUCCUGACAAUACUCCUGCAGGAUCGGCUGGGCGGCCUUCAGUUCCGGCAUGAGGAUCGGUGGGCAAAUGUUCCUCCCCAGAAAGGAGCUUUGCUAGUGAACAUGGGAGAUCUUAUGCAGCUGAUUUCAAAUGACAAGUUCAAGAGCGUGAGCCAUAGGGUGUUGGCUAAAGCCGAGGGCCCGAGGAUCUCGAUCGCGAGCUUCUUCAGGACGAGCUUCGGGAUCGAGCAGGCCUCGAAGCGCUACGGACCCAUCGAAGAGCUGGUAUCGGAAGAGCACCCGCCGCUCUACCGGGAGACCACAGUGCCGGGUUAUCUGGCAUCCUACUACGCCAAAGUCCGGGAGGAGAAUAGGCUCGACACCGACUCUCCGCUGGCGAGCUUCAGAUUGCGAAACGACUGAGGACAGUGACGAUGGACAUGUGCAAGUACGAGUAUCUGUGAUAUGGGGUUUUAGAAAUGUAUGAUCGACAUAUUGCUUCGGACUUUUGAGCAUUUACUGUUUCAUCAAAUGGUGAUUGCGGGAAGCUAUCAGUAUCGGUUGCGUUAGGCGCAGCAUUUGAAAUGGGCUUUAAACCUCUAAAGGCCUUUGUAUUAAAAUUGUGGUGUUAGGCAAGAAAAUUUCAAAGGCUUAUGUGCCGAAAUCCGCAUUUCCGAAAGCCCUUAACCUAAUGCAAGUUCUACAUUUGUUAUCUUA